UUCUUUUUCAAUUGGGGAAAUUAAAAAACCAAACCAGAAAUCAAAAUCUUCUCUGUUCUUUCUCUCUCUACAGAUAACAGAGGGAAAAUCAUAGCAUAAAAUUGCAAGUUGUUGUUUGUUCGUUGUACUCGACACCUCUCCUGAAAUCUGAAAUCUCAAUUUUUUUAAAUUUUUUUAAUCGAUCGAAGAUUAUAAUCAUCAUUUUCCCCAGCAAUUUAUUCGUUUUCUGUGCGAAAUUUCAGUUAUGGUUACGUGGAUUGUAUUGAAAAAUUAAGAGUGUGUUUUAGGGUAUUGCGACGUGAUUUUGACGGAGUGAUGAUGCUGUGAUCUGAGGGUUUGAGAGAAUAGGGUAAAAAAAAAUGGCGGGGGCAGGGGGUGUAAAUCUGGAGAAAUUCGAGGAGUAUUUCCAGAGGGCGGAUGUGGAUCGUGACGGCAAAAUCAGUGGAGCUGAAGCUGUUAAUUUCUUGCUGGGAUCUAAUUUACCCAGACAAGUGCUUGCGCAGAUAUGGGCGCAUGUCGAUCAGAAUAAGAUUGGCUUCCUCAAUCGUCCUGAGUUUUAUAAUGCUCUUAAACUUGUUACAGUGGCUCAAAGCAAACGAGAAUUGACAGCAGAUAUUGUCAAGGCUGCUCUAUUUGGUCCUGCUUCAUCCAAAAUACCACCCCCACAAAUAAAUACAGCUGGCGCGCCUGUGCUGCCGCCAAACACAGUAGCUGCCACACCUGUGCCACCACCUUUACCACAGGUGGGUGCAAAUGCCCAGCCAUCUCCUCAAAGUUUUGGAUUGAGAGGGCCUUCUCCUUCUAUAACGGGGGUCAAUCCGCAGUUUGGAAAUAUGCCUUCAACUACAGGAAUGAAUCAACAAUUUAGACCAAUCCCUUCAUCUACAGGAAUGAACCAACAGUUUAGACCGAUGCCUUCAUCUACAGGAAUGAACCAGCAAUUUGGACAACAGUUACAACCGUCAAACACGAAUAUGAACCAGCAAUUUGGACAACCGUCGCAACCUUCAAGCACGAAUAUGAACCAGCAAUUUGGCCAAACGUUGCAACCUUCAAGCACAAAUACGAACCAGCAAUUUGUACAUUUGCAACCUUCAAGCACAAAUAUGAACCAACAGUUUUUCCCUUCUCAAGUUAAUCAGAUGAGACCGCCUCAAUCAAUGCCUACAGGUAUUGCCUCACGUCCACCUCAGGCUGCUAUGACUACUACAAAUAUUUCGGGGGGUCCUGGUCUUCAAAACCCAAAUGAUGAUUGGCUUGGUGGAAGAAGUGUUUCAGCUCCCACUGGACCUGUAACACAAGUCUUAAACAGAGGAGCUAGUCCCUCCAUUUCGCCAGUUGCUCCAAAUCCCCAAGAUCCAUUUUCAACCUUUUCUUCGACAGCUGUCAAGAAUACUAAAGGAUUAGUUAGUUCAGGAAAUGGGCCUGCUACAAAUUCCAUGAUUACAGGAGAUGUGUUCUCCACCAAUCAAUUUCCCUCCCAGAAAGUUUCCUCUGCACCACAACAACCAAUGAGCAGUUUGCCGACCUCUUCAGCCAUUGUUCCUGUUGCUUCAAGUCCCCAGCCCUCGGCGAAGCCUGACCCUUUUGAGGUUUUCGGAAGCACUCUUAUGAAACCAUCUAGCGGGGUUCAGGUUGCACAGACACCGUCUCUCCCUAAAUCUACUCAGCAGGCUCCAACUCCAACCAGUUCUUCCGUCUUGUCAGCCGGAGUACAAACUGGUGUUGGGAAUUCAGUAUCUGAGCCGCCUCAGGUUGCAUGGCCAAAAAUGACACGUGCUGGCAUUCAAAAGUAUGCAAAAGUUUUUGUGGAAGUAGACACUGAUAGAGAUGGGAAAAUCACUGGUGUUCAGGCACGUAAUCUGUUCUUGAGUUGGAAACUACCACUAGAGGUAUUAAAGCAGGUAUGGGAUUUAUCCGAUCAAGAUAGUGAUAGCAUGCUCUCUUUGAGGGAGUUUUGCAUUGCACUCUAUUUAAUGGAGCGAUACAGGGAAGGACGCCAACUUCCACCCUCACUGCCCAACAGUGUAAUGCUCGAUGAAACUCUGCUGUCUUUGGCAGGUCCACCUUCAGCUUAUGGAAACACGGGUUGGGGCCAAUCUACUGGCUUAAGACCGCCGCAAGGCUUGCAUGGUGCCCAGCCUGUUACACCUGUUGGUUUACGGCCCCCAUUGCAGCCAAUAGUUUAUCAGGCUGAUGGGUCGAUGCAAUUCAAUCAGAACAAUGGCCGAGGUCCUAUGAUAGAGAAUUCCCACCCCAGUCAGGUCAGCAAUGGGGAGGAGAAUUCCUUGGAAGUUGAGGGCCGGGAGGCAGCAGGAACCAAUGAAAAGGUAGACAACAAGGAGAAGGAGAUUUUGGAUUCCAGAGAGAAGCUUGAAUUCUACCGAACGAAAAUGCAAGACCUUGUUUUGUAUAAAAGUAGAUGUGAUAAUCGGCUCAAUGAAAUUACAGAAAGGGCAAGAGCCGACAAAACUGAGGCCGAGUUGCUUGAGAAGAAAUAUCAAGAGAAAUACAAGCAAGUUGCAGAAGUUCAUUCUAAAUUAACUAUUGAAGAGGCUUCCUUUCGUGAAGUUCAGGAGAGAAAGAUGGAGUUGCAUCAAGCAAUCAUUAAAAUGGAACAAGGUGGAAGUGCAGAUGGUAUUCUUCAGGUGCGUGCUGAUCGUAUACAAUCAGAUCUUGAGGACCUAUUGAAGGGAUUGACCGAUCGAUGCAAGAAACAUGAUCUAGAGAUGAAGUCAGCUGCAAUGAUUGAGCUUCCUCCUGGUAAUUUCUGUAACUCUUGGCCGUUUUUGCAUUUGAUUUUACCUACUCAUUGGCCAAUUCAGUCAUGUGACUUUAUUUUGUUAAGGUUGCUAUGUUUGACGCCCCUGCAUGUUAACUCUUUAAGGGAUUUAUUUUUAGAAAGAUAUCCCCCCUUACGCUUGAAAAAUCUUCAUCUAAUGAACUAUACAACCCUUGGGUUUAUACCAAUAAACAAAAAAGAAAAAGUUUCAACAACGAUACUUAUUCAAAAGUUUCUUUUUCAUUUGUUCCUUUUGUUUUUUAAUAUUUUAUUUCCCUUGCUAUGCAGAAGCUUUGAUGAACCUAGUUGGGGUAAUUAUGACAACAACGACGACGUUGAUUCAGUCUGGGGCUUUAAUGCUAAAGAUUCGGAUCAUACAAAGCACGAAGAUAAAUAUUUCUACGAAUCCCACAAUGAUUUUGGUGCAAGCCCAGAAAUAAGUGGUUCCCCUCAUACAAAGAACAGCCCGUAUACCUUUGAAGAGUCUAUUCCUGGAACCCCACUUUCGAGGGCCGAAGAAUAUUCUCCAAGAAACAGCAUCGAAUCGAGAGAUCACCUCUUUGACAACAGCUUUUCGAGGUUUGAUUCGUUCAGUGCAAACGACGGUGGCUCUCAACCCUAUAGAGAGAGCAACCUCACUCGAUUCGAUUCGAUGAGUAGCACAAGUGGAUUUGGUCACAGCAGCAACUACUCGUUUGACGACUCGGACCCGUUUGGCUCCACUGGUCCGUUUAAGGUCUCGUCGGAAAAUCAAGAAAAGAAGUUUUGA